GGGCCGGAAGUGAAUUGAUCAAACCGACAUACGUUUCCUUGACACUAGGGAAGAUUGUAAAUAAAACUGACUUCAGCAAUCUGUUUACAACGUAUUGACCUUUUGUUGGAUAACUGAUUGUCUUCUUUAAGUAGAGAGAUAUAUAUGAAAAUGGUGUGGUGUGAAAACAGCUGACCGUGGAGGUAAGGGAGUGGUGGAUCAUCUGUGCUCUGUCACUGCCACUAUGGCAGAGGUCACCGGUAGAAAUGUGAUUUCUGGACAGGGUCCCUACAUAAGAAUGAUUACAAACCGCACAACUAACCUGCUGAUCCGAGGGGCCAUGCUGUUCUGUGUGGGUGUGUUUUUAGCGCUGGUGUUAAACCUGCUGCAGGUGCAGCGUAAUGUCACUCUCUUCCCUCCUGAUGUCAUCAGUAGUAUCUUUUCUUCAGCGUGGUGGGUACCACCUUGCUGUGGAACAGCAUCAGCUCUAAUAGGGCUGCUGUAUCCAUGUAUAGACAAGCGUUUGGGAGAGCCCCAUAAGCUGAAGCGCGAGUGGUCCAGUGUGAUGCGUUGUGUGGCUGUCUUUGUUGGCAUUAAUCACGCCAGCGCUAAAGUGGACUUUGCAAAUAAUGUGCAGUUGUCACUGACCCUGGCUGCACUCUCAGUUGGUUUGUGGUGGACAUUUGACCGGUCGCGCAGUGGUUUCGGUUUGGGAGUCGCCAUUGCAUUUCUGGCGACUCUCACUACUCAACUACUGGUGUACAAUGGAGUGUUUCAGUAUACAUCUCCUGACUUCCUGUACAUACGAUCUUGGCUGCCCUGCAUUUUCUUUGCUGGUGUGAUAACCAUGGGAAACAUAGGAAGGCAGCUUGCUCUUUAUGAGUGUAAAGUUCUUCAAGAAAAGAUUCAUCAGGACUAAAACAUCUUAUAUCAUGGAUGCAAAAAUGAGGAAACCUGCAUGAACAGUUAAAGAGGUGCUCUCUUUCAGCAGAUACAGGACAAUUGUUGUCUAUGUUUAGCAGGACAGUUUGGAGAUAAGGGCAUGUUCACUGGCUACCAGUGCAGCCUCUCUGAAGCUAAAUAAAGCUGAAACUGGGAUUGGAUGAUUGAAA